AUGACCAUAACAAAACAAGUAAAAGAGACGAAGAAAGCACUGACCAAACCUCAACGGAUGUUCAUAAACAUUAUGAAUCAAGUGGAAAUUCUCAAAUCUCCAGUUCAAUCGGAGGGUGAUAAGAAGCAAUAUCGUUUGAUUAAACUUCCAAACGGAUUGAAAGCUCUUUUAAUUCACAAACCAGAAAAUUCUUCCUCUGAAAGUAAUGAGAGUCUUGCUGCUGCAAGUUUAAUGGUAGGAGUUGGGUCAUUUGAUGAUCCGCCGCCUAUUUGGGGUCUUGCACAUUUUCUCGAACAUAUGCUAUUCUUGGGAAGUGAGAAAUAUCCCGAUGAUGGCGAAUAUAAUGAUUUUAUAACAGCAAACGGUGGUUCCAGCAACGCAUUCACUCAGACUGAAGACACAACGUACUAUUUUGAAGUGAAUGAAAAAGCUUUCCCCGAAGCUUUAGAUCGUUUUGCACAACAAUUCAUUUCAUCAUUGCUCUUGAGAGAUUCAAUAAAUCGAGAACGAGAAGCAGUUGAUUCCGAGUUUCGAAUGAGUGCUGGAUAUGACUCUAGAAGAAUACCCGAAGUUAUGAAAAGUUUCAUUAAUAAAAAUCAUCCAGGCAGUCGCUUCAAAUCAGGAAAUAUUGAAACAUUGAAGAAUAAUAUCUCUGAUGACGAUCUUUACACUGCUCUUCGGGACCUUUUUUCCAAAUAUGUUGCCAAUGUCAUGUAUUUGUCUGUUCAAUCGAAACGCUCACUGGACGAAUUACAAAAUCUUGUGGUGGAGAAAUUUUCAGACCUCAAAAGUGGAAUAGUCGCGAGCAAGACUGAAAUGAGUUUGGAUGAGAUUUUCAAACCACAAUUCUAUACAAAAAUGGUUUUCAUUAAACCAAUAUCGAAGGUUAACAAACUUUACAUGAGUUGGUAUUUGAACUCACUUGACAGACAUUAUAAAGUGAAUCCAUUAGCAUAUUUGAAACAUAUUUUCAAUCACGAAAGUGAGGGUAGCAUUGCAAAAUUAUUAUUCGAGAAGAAAUUUGCUACCCACGUUAACUUUUCAUCUCUCUUUGAAAAUUCAAUGUUUUCAGUUGCAAGACUUUCUGUAGAAUUGACUGACGACGGUUUGGAAAAUGUUGAUUUAAUUUUGAAAGAUAUUUUCUCCUAUUUGUUGAUGAUCAAGGAAAGCUCAGUUAAAGAACAUGAAAGAUUGUACAAUGAAUACAAAGAGAAAAGUAUGUUGAAGUUUAAGUUCCACAAAGAACUUUCUCCUAGGAAGAACGUCACAGACAGUGUUAAUGGAAUUAAAUAUUUUGAAGAAACUGACAUAUUAAAAGAUGAAAAUUCUCUAAAUGAAUUUGACGAGAAAGUUAUUUUUGAUGUAAUAAACUUUUUAAACAAACGAAAGUUCAACCUUACAAUUGUCACUAAUGAACAUGAAAGUUUCAACAAGAAGGAAAAGUAUUUCGGUGUUGAAUUCGAUGAGAUUGAUUUCCCAGAAAAAUAUCAAAGAUUGUGGGAUGAACGAACAUUAAACCCAGAAUUCUUUUUGGAAAAACCAAAUCCAUAUAAAGCUACGAACUUUGAGAUUUAUGAGAACGUUGAAGAAUCACCGAAGUAUCCAGUGAAAAUCUAUGAAAGUGACAUUUAUGAAGUCUGGCACAAGUUGGAUAACAUUUAUAAGCUUCCUUAUGGUAUUGUUUGUAUCAACAUGAUAUCGUCUGAACGUUUAUCUUCUCUUCGCAACAAUUUGCUUCUAAUUUUAUUCGAUGAAUUAGCGACUGAUCAUUUUUCGAAAAAGUUUUCUCAAGCGAGAAAUGUUGGAUAUCAAAUUUACUUAAAUGUGUCUGAGACAGGUUACUAUGUGGAGUUAAGCGGGUUUAAUGAAAAAUUACCUUUGAUUGUUCAACAAGCAAUCAAUGAACUGAUUACUUUCAUGGACAGUACUGACGAAUCAACAUUUCAAUUGAAGAUAUCAGAAUUAAAAAAGAUAUACUUGAACAAUAUUUCAAGACCUUCUUCAAUUUCAAGGGAUUAUGUUUCAAAAAUCACCAAAGAAACUUCGUUAUUGAGGCUUGAAAAAUAUCAUAUGCUUGAAAGCAUAAGUCUUGAUGAUGUGAAGAAAUUUUUCCAAUUGUAUUUCCAUCAAUUAAAAGUUCAAGUUUUGAUUCAAGGAAAUGUUACUAAGAUGAAAGCUUUAGAAAUUGUCGAAACUAUGGAAAAUAAGUUAACUUGUGUUCCACUUGAUAACAAUUAUGAACCAAAACCUCGUGUGAUUCAACUUCCAGGAGGAUCAUCAGCCAUGAGAUUAAUCGCUUCUAUGUCAGAAGAUGACAAUUCUGUUUCCAAAAUAUAUUAUCAGAUUGGUCCAAUAACAAUACAACGAAACAGUUUAUUGAAGCUUCUUAGGGGAGUUUUAAAAUCGCACGCUUUUGAAUAUUUGAGAACGAAGGAGCAGUUGGGAUACAAUGUAGGUCUGCAAUCAGACGAUAAUGAAGGAGUUUUAUCAUUGGAAGUUAAUGUUUAUUCACAAGAGAACAAGCACAAUUUUACUGAAGUCCUUGAGAAAAUGAAUUUCUUUAUUGAUAAUAUUGCAGCGAAGCUGAUCAAAGAAUUAUCUGAUGAUGAUUUUAACACAAUUAAAACAGGAAUUAUUCGAUCAUUGAUAGCUCCAAAGGAACGACUUUCUCAAGAAGUCAGCGAAAAUUGGAAUGCAAUUUUAAAGUUGAAUUAUUUCUUUGACAGAGACCAAAUUUGUGCUGAAUUUAUCAAAAAUGUCAGCAAAGAAGAACUUCAAGAAUUUUUCAACUCAAUCACAGGUGGUGUAAAUAUGCGCAAAUUGAUUGUUCAAGUUAUUGGCAAUACUGAAUCAAAAGAAGUUAUCAAAGAGAAAAUUAAAAAUCUUGAACCAACUGUUGGAAUUAAAACUGAAGGAUUGACAGACACUGAACGUAUCAUAACAAAUAUUUCUGAAUUUCAACGUGGCGUUCCAUUUUAUCCUUCUGUUUAUUUCAAAAAUGAAUGA